AGAUUUUUCUUUCCAAAACUCCUUUACAUCCUACUCUUCCAUCAUGGUCUUCAAAGUUGCUGAUGUAUCGCUCGCGGCUUUCGGUCGUAAAGAGAUCGAAAUUUCUGAGAACGAGAUGCCAGGGCUCAUGUACAUGAGGGCUAAGUAUGGACCGUCUCAACCUUUGAAAGGUACACGGAUCGCAGGAUGCCUCCACAUGACGAUUCAAACUGCUAUCCUCAUCGAGACUUUGACUCAUCUCGGUGCGGAGGUUACAUGGUCGUCUUGCAAUAUUUUUUCCACUCAAGACCAUGCUGCCGCCGCCAUUGCCGCUACUGGCGUCCCUGUCUUUGCCUGGAAAGGUGAAACCGAGGACGAGUACAAUUGGUGCAUAGAGCAGACUAUCAAGGGGUUCUCCGGUGGACAGCCUUUAAACAUGAUUCUCGAUGAUGGAGGUGAUCUUACCACUAUGGUACAUGAAAAGUUCCCCGAGCUUCUACCUGGAAUUCGCGGAAUUUCUGAAGAGACUACUACCGGUGUUCACCACUUGUACAAGGCUUUCCGUGAGGGCAAAUUGAAAGUUCCCGCCAUAAACGUCAACGACUCUGUUACCAAGUCCAAGUUCGAUAAUCUGUAUGGUUGCCGAGAGUCUCUCGUGGACGGAAUCAAGCGGGCAACAGAUGUGAUGCUUGCUGGAAAGGUUGCCGUCGUUGCAGGCUUUGGUGAUGUCGGCAAAGGUUGUGCUGAAUCACUCAGGUCCUAUGGUGCACGCGUGUUAAUCACUGAGAUUGAUCCCAUCAACGCUCUGCAGGCCGCUAUGGCUGGAUACGAGGUGACGACUAUGGAGGAUGCUGCUCCUCGAUCCAAUGUCUUUGUUACCACCACUGGAAAUAGGGAUAUCAUUACUGCCGCACAUUUCACUGUCAUGCCCGAAGAUGCGAUCGUUUGCAACAUCGGUCACUUUGACAUUGAAAUCGACGUAGCUUGGUUGAAGGCUAAUGCUAAAUCAGUCUCCAACGUGAAGCCUCAGGUAGACCGAUACACAAUGUCUUCUGGCCGUCACAUCAUCCUUCUUGCUGAGGGUCGUUUGGUGAACUUGGGGUGUGCUACUGGACAUCCAUCCUUUGUGAUGUCUUGUUCAUUCACUAAUCAGGUUCUUGCUCAAAUUGCCCUCUGGACUACACCUGAGAAGUUUCCACUCGGUGUCCACAUCUUGCCUAAAAAUCUUGAUGAGGAGGUUGCACGGGCACAUCUCGAUCAUUUGAAAGUGAAGCUUACCACCCUUUCUGAAACCCAAUCCAAGUAUCUGGAUAUUCCUGUCAAUGGCCCUUACAAGGCUGAUCACUACAGGUACUAAUCAUAGUAUCAGUAAUUGGAUGCUGAUGGCCUCAACGAGCCCUCGCCACAACCUUAUCGGAAGCAUAGGGAUCUUCAACGUCCUUGUCUCGAGCGGAUGCCCUAAUAUCUGUUCCGUAUUAUAAAAAAGCUAUGCAUUGGCAGGGUGCAUUGGAUAAGAGGACGCCAAGUUUGUCAUCGAGGAUGGUGGUUGGAAGGAAGAAAGACAGUAGGAAGAGUUUAAUACAUAGGGCAAGGCCUCAACGAGCCUGUGAUUGUAGCAUAUAGAAUCCGCAACUCGAAAAAGUUCCUGUACAUACACUGGUACAAACUGAUAAUCAGAUAAAUCGUGAACGAUGCAUAAA